CACCCCCCAAUUGCUGAAAACAGUGUUUUUGCAGGGCAUAUUGCCGUCAAGUGGCAGGGCAGUGUUCAGGAAGUAGAAAAAUUGACAUACCAUUGAAAACAACUAAUUGAUUACUACGUGGAAAUAAUUCGAUCAUGGGAUAAGAUGAGAAGCGUGGGUAAAGAUAAAAAAGGAAAGAUGCAACAGCAUUUCUCUUCCGAAUCCCACAAAAUUGCUUUGAGUGAUUUGGCACACUUCGCAUGCAAUAUGAAAAACGUCGAUGUAAUGUUGGAAAAGAAGUUAAGAGAAGUAAGAAUACAAGAGGAAGAAAACAAUUUGCGAAACCAAGAAGCCAUAAAGAUCCUUUUAGACAUCGCAAGAACAUUGGCACGACAACAGCUAGCUUUCAGAGGGCAUAAUGAAAAGCACGAGGGAAACUUUAUCCAAAUAUCAAAUCUUGUUGCCAGGCAUAACCCAGACUUCAGUCAUGGCUGUCAGACAAGAACAUGAAACCUUAUUCAGUAAAAUACCUAUCACCUAUUUCACAAAAUGAGUUUAUUAGCCUUUUGACUGAAGACGUAAGGAAUCGCAUCGUAAAAGAUAUCGUUUCAUCUGAAAUAUACUCAGUCAUGGCCGACACGUCUCCUGACACUUCAAAUGCGGUCCGCCUCGUAGUGGCAGUGCGCUACGUUGACGAAAACAACGUGCCCAACGAGAGAAUACUGGAGAUGAAAGAAACAAGGAAUAAAACAGGUGAAGGCCAAGCAAAAGAGAUUCUUGAUUCCCUUAAAUCACGAUUACCUAUUUGUCACAAUGGGUUAGUGUAUCAGUCUUACGACUACACAGCUUCAAUGUCUGGGACUUUUAAUGGAGUUCAACAACAUUUGCAGGAAAUGGUUGGACGCAACAUUCCAUACAUCCCAUGUCAAGGCCAUAGAUCAAACACUUUCAAUGAGCAUUGCUCAAAGGCCUCUACAUUUGUUGAGAUGUAUAGCUUGCUCGAAGAGCUGUAUGUUUUUUUCAGCAGAAGUUGUAAACGAGAUUCUAUGUUGCAAGAACAUAUGGAAAAAAUUGAAAAUGCUCUUAAAUUGCGCAAUCUCUCAAAGACGAGAUGGGUGUAUAGAAGUGAAUCAAUUGAAGCGGUAUGGAGAUCUUUUGAAGCCAUACGAAAUGCCUUAGCGGAAAUAGCAAAAAUUGACAACAACUCAUUAACCAGAACCAAAGCAACCUCGCUCUGUAAGAAAAUGGUCAAAUUUGAGUUUGUUUUUGCAGUUAUGUUUAUGAGGUUUAUCAUGAGAAAGACCAAGAUCCUGACAGUACAGAUGCAGAAGCCAGAGCUCAAUAUCCUUGAUGGUCUUCAACUGAUUGAUGAAACUGUUAGAUCACUGGAAAGAAUAAGGCACAAUGAAUCGGAAUUGAAUGACCAAAUAGAUGCGAGUGUUGAGUUUGCGAAGACUCUAGGCUCUAAUCCCGAGGAAGAGUUUGCUAGAAAGAGUAAUAAAAGAUCAAGUAGACGUUUGGAUGACAACCCUGAGACUUUGGCAAUUAUGUCACUAAAAACUAACUAUCGAAAAUGCAUGAUUGGGGUCCUCGAUUCCCUCAUCAGAGAAUAUAGAGAUAACAUAAAAAGUUGUUUGCAAAAAAUAAACCCUUAGCUGUUAUCCUUCAGCCUCGACUGACUAAACCAAAUUUUGAACAAGUUGAAAAGGUCACCGAACUUUUUCCUCCAUCAAUUAGCGUAGAUUCUAUGUCACUAUAUGCAGAACUUGAGAUUUUUAUUAACUUUGUAAAUGAGACAGAGAAAGAAUGUAAGACAGUCCACGACGCCGGAAACACUGCUUUCAAAAAUAAAGAAAUUUUCCCAAACGUUUA